AUGACCCCUUGUACCCGCGCAGCUCGCUACUUCUUCUCUUCACUUCUGUCAUCUCAACGCCAACAGCCUCACAUACACUCCUCCUUACACAAGCUGAUCACUCAGAACCAUCGCAAAACCAUCAUGUCUGCCGCAGCGAAACGCCUCGAAGGCAAGACGGUGCUCAUCACCGGCGCCUCGAGCGGUAUCGGCAAGAGCACGGCAUUUGAGUACGCCAGGACGGCACCCAAAAACCUGAAGCUCAUUCUCACGGCCCGCCGUAUCGACAGCCUCAAGGAGGUUGCCGCUGAGAUCCAAAAGGAGGUCGGCAGCGGCGUCAAGGUUCACCCCGUCAAGCUGGAUGUCAGCAACCCCGAGGAGGUCCGCCAGCUCGUCCCCAACCUGCCCGAGGAGUUCAAGGACAUCAACAUCCUCGUGAACAAUGCCGGCCUCGUCAAGGGAGUUGCCAAGGCACCCGAGAUCGCCGAGGAGGACAUUAACGUCAUGUUUGCUACCAACGUCACCGGCCUCAUUAAUGUGACGCAGGCCAUUCUCCCAAUCUUCAAGGCGCGCCCCGAUGGCGGCUCAGGAGACAUUAUCAAUAUUGGUUCCAUUGCUGGUCGGGAGCCGUACCCCGGUGGCUCAAUCUAUUGCGCAACCAAAGCCGCCGUGCGCAGUUUCACCGACAGCUUGAGAAAGGAGCUGAUUGCAACCCGCAUCCGCGUCAUUGGCAUUGACCCCGGUCAGGUCGAGACUGAAUUCUCCGUCGUUCGCUUCUAUGGUGACAAGUCCAAGGCCGAUGCCGUCUAUGCCGGGUGUGAGCCUCUUACCCCUGAGGAUAUUGCAGAGGUUGUCGUCUUUACGACCACCAGGAGAGAGAACGUGGUUAUUGCAGACACGCUCAUUUUCCCCAGCCACCAGGGUGCCGCUGGCCUUCUCCACCGCAAGUCUUGA